UGUGUGUUUUUUUAAUUUUAAAUAAUAUGAGUACGUAUGAAAUUAGUAAAUCUUCAUUACUAAGUUUGAAAGCAGAGAUAUUACGAAAACAACAGGAAUUAAAUAAAGCCAAAGUUGACAAUGAUGUAAAAAUAAAGAUAUUAAAGAAAAGUCCUUUAGAAAUAAAAAAUAAAGGAGUAGAAGCAAGAGAUAGAAAUGAUCAAAGUGAUGUGGAUCAGGAUUUAUUAAAACAAUCUAGGUCAGUUUUAGAACAAAAAGCUGCUUUAUAUGAGAAACUCUCUUCUGGAAACGUUUCGGAAAAUGAUAAGGAAAGAAAUAAAUUAUUUUUGGUUAGGUUUGACAAGAAAAAUAUUGAAAAUAGUAGUAAAGUAAGUGAUUUGCCACCUAGUGACUCAGAAUCUGAUAAAAAGCCAAAUAGUGAGGAUGAUAAUGAUUAUUACCAUUCUGAUGAUGAAGAGCACACAGAUCCUCAAGAGAAAUGGGUUGAUUAUGUGGAUUGCUUUGGAAGAACAAGAAAAUGUAUGCAGAAAGAUCUGGAAUACCUAAAAUCUAAAGAUAAUGAAAUGAAAAAAGUUGUAGAUAUAAAAAACCAACAAUUCAACAAUUCUGCAUCACAAAAUCAUGAAAGUGAUGAUAAAAUUGAUCAAUCCAGUACUGAACCAGUGUUUGAAAAUGAAGUAGGUCAAUCAGAAUUACUGUCUAGUGAUAUGAGAAGGGAACUGUUACGACAACAGUGGGAAAAGGAGGAAGAAGAGUUGCGUAAUAAAUCAGAAAUUCAUUAUGAAGAUGUUCUGUUUGGAGAGGCAAGGACACACGGUGUAGGUUAUUAUCGUUUUUCCAAGGAUGAAAGAGAAAGAGCGAAACAGCAAGAAGCAUUAAAAAGAUUGAGAAAAGAAACUGAAGACAAACAGAAGAAGGCACAACAACUGAAAGACACUAGGGAGAAGCUACUGGCAGCACGGCUAAAAGCGGCUAGAAAUAGAAAAAGAGCCAGGAUGGGUUUACCGCCAGAAGAAGACGAAGAACCAAAUAUACCAACACCUGCUCAACCAGAAAUCGCCAAAGAAGAAUUGGACAAAAAGAAUGAGGAUGAUGAAAAGGAACAACUUUUAGAAAGGGCUCGGAAAAACCACAUUCGACCUUGGGAUAUUGGGAAAGAAGGUGUCAAGGAACAUCAAAUUUUAACACAAGAAGAAUGGGUGGAUAAGAAGCGGGAAGAACGACCAUCAGAAUUUGCUCCUCCUGUCAACUACAGGAAAAAUUUCAGGGCUGAAGAUACUGAACUUACAGACCAAUCCUCAGCAGAACGCAAGUCUUUGAAAUUUUCCACUAAAAAGAAAUCAAAUAUUAAAUCAAGAGGUAAAAUGAAACAAAAAACGGACCAAAUGCACAUCCUCGAAACUGUAGCUGUAAAUGAUGAUAAAGUGGAAGCUUCAGUUAGUUCAGAUACUGCAACUUGUACUGCUGUUCUUCAGGACUAUGAAAAGGCAUUCAAAGUUCAUAUUGAGAAUGAAGUUGAUUUUGAUGUUGAAGAUGACCUUCUACGAGAUUACAAAACAGUUAUGAGCAACUCAAAACCUUAUUGCGAUUAUAGUCAAGAAGACACACUGCUAGAUGAUUAUAAUCAAAGGAAACACGAAAAUAUAAACAAAAGAAGAGCAGAAAUAGCCCCUCCGCCUACUUACGAUUAUUAUGGCCCAAGUCAUAGUAAAAUGAAAAAAGUUACUGUUAAUCCACCCAACAUUCAAGAUUCUAUAGAAAAAGGACUUGAGUUUUUAAGAAAACAAAUAGAACAAAAACAAAAGUCGUCUAAAAAUCGAGAAGACAUGUUUUUGUGUUAAAAUUUCGUUGUUUUAAUUCUGAUAAAAUGUACAUAAAAUGUAAAUAAAAAUGGUUAUUUGAUAUUAUAAAUUGAAAGAAACAUAUUUUAUAUGC